CCCCCGCCAGCCCACACGAGAUGACGGCGGUACCAUCCGGUGCUCCUCUCCCACUUCAGCGGCACCCACCCGGAGGACCGGAGGCAGGCGACGUCCCCCCGCCGCCCCCCACCGAGAGCCGGCCGCGGGACGAUUAGUCAGACUUCCAGGCGGGCUUCUCUCUUCCGUGCGACCGAAGAUGAGCACCUCCGCGCCGUCCGCCGGUUCGGCUUCUUGCCGCUUCGCCCACUACUUCGUCGUGUGUGGACUGGACCCGGAGACGGGCCUGGAGCCGGACGAUGGAACAGGAGAGAGCUUUGAGCAGAGUCCCAUUCACCGGUCGUUCAAAUCCAGGAUUCUGGUCCACUACCCCGAGAGCACGGACAGGAACCCCUUCAAUCAGGAUGCCGUCAACAUGCUCUGCAUGCCGAGGGGUCUUUCCUUCCGCACGCAGGCCGACCGGCUGGAGUCGCACUUCCACUCGUUCACGGUGGGCUCGGAGGACGGUUCUCGCUCCUACGGCUUCGUCCACACCUUCUACGAGGAGGUGACGGGCCCCCGGAUCAUCGCGGCCAUGCAGACCCUCCACCGCAUGCAUCACGUGGAGCACCACUCGGCUUCUUCCUCGUCGGCCUCCUCGUCGGCCUCCUCGCCGUCCACCUCCAGCAUGGACUCGCUGGUGAGCAGCCUGGACGAGUCGGACGCCGAUUCUCUGGCCGCCGCCGCCUGCCUGGGCUGCGCCGGCUCCUUCGACCCGUCCCACGACACGCUGUACGUGUCCAAAGCCCUCUGCCUGCUCACGCCGCUCCCCUUCCUGGGAGCUUCUCGCCACUUCCUGUCUCAGCUGCACCAGGCCGUGGCCUCGCAAACGGCGCCGCCCCUGCCGCUGGAAAGCUACAUCCACAACAUCCUCUACGAGGUGCCGCUGCCUCCGCCGGGCCGCUCGCUGCGCUUUCACGGCGUGCGGGGGCCCAUCCUGUGCCAGCGGCCCGGCCCCGGCGAGCUUCCGCUGGGGGAGUACCCCCUGGGGGAAGCCUUCUCCCUGCUCGGGGUGGAAAACUUGGUCCAGCUGCUGACUUGCUCGCUGCUGGAGACGCAAAUCCUUCUCUACUCUCAAGACUACCAGCGCUUGAUGACGGUGGCCGAGGGCAUCACCGCGCUGCUGUUCCCGUUCCAGUGGCAGCACAUCUACCUGCCCAUCAUCUCGGCGCCUCUGCACCACCUCCUGGAUGCUCCCGUGCCCUUCCUGAUGGGCAUCCAGCGCAGGGACGGCGCUCAGCGAGCCUCCCUUCACCUGCCGCACGAGGCCAACCUCUGCUUCGUGGACAUCGACAACCACUGUGUGGACUCUCCGGAGGGUCUGCCCUCCUUCCCUGACCGAGAAGACCUGGUCCGGGAACUAAGCGACGUCCUGCGUCAUUUCGGGGUGCCCCUGCAGGGAGGCGCCCCCGCGACGCCCACGCCGGCCUCCCCCGAGCUCAGCAGCCUGGUCCUGGAGGACCUGAUGGAGGACAGAAGGAACGGGAACCUCGGCGGCGAAGAGCUGGAGGUGCUGGAGAGGCUGCAGGCUCUGGCUUGGACCUGCGGCAGGGAAAAGGAUUCGGGCCGAGGGAAGACGCUGGGCCGCGUGUGGGAGGAGGAGGACGCGCUCAGAGUUGCAAAGAUGAACAUUCACCUGAGGGAGGCGGUCGCCGGGCGCCUGGCCGCCGUGUUCAGCCGCUACGAGGACUUUGUCAUCCACGGCGCCGGAGAUUUGGACUCCUGGAUGAGCAACCGGGAAGGAACGCUCAGCUUUGAUAAGGGCGCGUUCCUCUCGGCUCAACCCGUGGCCCACUUGCACUUCCUGUCCCGCUUCUUGGAGACGUCCAUGUUUUCAUCUUUUGCCGACGGCAAGGUGAUCUCCCGCUGGGCCGACCGCGAGCCGCUGCAGCAGCUCUUCGACGGCCGCCUGGAGAGGGAGCGACUCUACGACACGGACCGAGCCGACUCUCCCGGGAGUCGCUACAGGAAAUGCUCCGCGCCUGUUGAGUCAGCUCAGGCGGUCGAGCGGCGGCUGCUGAAGGCCGACCACACCGCCAUCCACCCGCACCUCCUGGACAUGAGGAUCGGCCAGGGUCGCCACCAGCCGGGCUACUUCCCCAAGCUGCAGGCCGACGUCCUCGUGCACUCGCAAAGCACCAACAAGCGGUCCAGUCGCGUCACAGCUUCACGCAGACCCGAACCCUGGAGGACGGCGGCGGGGGCGGAGCUCUCGGGAACGGACGGCCAACAAAGACAGAAGCACACCCCGGCAAGGAAGCACCUGAACCAGCUCAAGUUUCUGGACUCGUCGCCUCAAGUCAUCGCUCAGACGCACAGGGAGUUCGUGCAAGGGCUGCUGGCCGAGUGCCGACUGAAGACCAAACGUAUGUUGAUGGAGAGGAUGGGGAAGGAGAGUGCGGAAACGGGGCAGGGCGAGGCCAACAUCGGCGGCCUGCAGGAGAACACGCUGAUCCACGGUCUCUGCGACCUCCUGGAGAGAACCUGGGGCCACGGUCUGCACAUGAAACAGGGGAAGUCGGCGCUGUGGUCGCACCUGCUUCAUUAUCAGGCGGCCUUGCAGAAAACGGAGGUGGCCGCCGAGUCUCCAGGCACAGAGCAGAGAACAUGUGACGACGGCGUCGCCCUUCUCAGAGGAUCCUUGGGGCAGGAUAUGAGGUUUAUCCAGGGGAUGAGCGAGGGUCUGUCCGAGGUGGGACAAGCCCGGGCUUGGAUCAGCUUGGCCCUGGAGAAGAAGAUGCUGUCGCAACACCUCAAAGAGCUGCUCACAAACCAGGAGUUGCUUCGGCAGUUAUAUAAACCUCACGCCUUCCUCCUGUGCGAGGAAGAACGAGAGCAGUUUCUCUUCCACCUCCUUUCUCUCAACACGGUGGACUACCUCUGCUUCACGCACGCCUUCGCCUCCAUCGACGUUUCCUAUCGCGUGGCCAUCAUCCCCAUGAAGAAGCUGAGCAUCGCCAUGGCGACCGUCAACCCGUGGGUGUGCUUGUCUGGUGAAAUGGGAGAUUCGGGAGUCAGACAGAUACCCAAGAAUACGCAGGAGAUAUUUUUCCAGUGUAAGAACCUGGGCCGACUCAGCACUUUGCAGCUGGGACAGGAGAACUCGGGCCUGCUGGCCAAGUGUCUCGUCGACUGCGUGAUGGUCUACAAUGAGGUCACGGGACACACGUACAAGUUCCCGUGCGGCCGCUGGUUGGGCAAAGGCGUGGGCGACGGCAGCCUGGAGCGAGUCCUCAUCGGCCAGUUGGUGUCACCCGGCGCGGAGGAGGAUUCCGGAAGGUGGACGGCGACGCCGCCGGAGCUGGCCUCGCCUUCCCAGGGUGUUCGCGCCGUGCUGGGAUCUCUCGGGAACCGGACCCGAGUGCUGUCUGUUGAAGUCCACGAAGACAUGAGAGAGGCGGCGAACAACCUGGUCAAGCACUUCCACAAACCCGAACAAGAGAGAGGCAACUUGACGGCGUUGCUGUGCGGCGAGGGAGGUCUGGUUCCGUCUCUGGAGAAGUUCCUCCUGCACGGCUUCAAGUGCAGUCGCCUCUUCCAGAGAAACGUCUUUGUUUGGGAUUUUGUGGAAAAAGCGGUGGUUUCCAUGGAGACGGCGGAGCAGCCGGGCAACCCGCCGGGCUCCCUGCUGAUCAAGGAGCCGUCGUGCGACCUGCUGUGCCACUACGUCAACUCCAUCAGCGCGUCGCCGCGGAACAUCGGCAAAGAGGGCAAGUUCCAGCUGCUGGUCUGCUUGGGCGUCAGGGACCGCCUCCUCUCCCAGUGGCUCCCCCUUCUGGCCGAGUGUCCCCUCACGCCGCGGACCUACGAGGACGGCGCCCUGAUGCGCGACCGCGCCGCCGUGCGCUCGCUCUCGCGCAUCCUGCGCACGCUCAACGAGUUCGCCGUCACGCUGGAGACGUCGCUGGUCAAAGGCGUGGCGCUCUGACGGGGCCUCGCCCGCGCGCCGCCGCCACGUUGGCUUCCCGAACUGCUCUUUCGCUGUAUUUCAAGAAAAAACGAAAAAGAAAACGGCGCCCGUGGACAGAAGCGACGCCGUGUGAGCUCGAAAAAACCUUUUGCCUUGUAGAUGUCUUUACACACUGUACUUGCUUCGUGAAGUAGUCGGAUCCUCCUUCGUGUCAUUACACUGUGUGUGUGUGUGGGGGGGGGGGCAGAAUCCUGAGACAGAAGCUUUCACACGGGCAGCGUCCCCCCCCCCCCCAGUCCGUUGCUGUUCCUUUAGCUUGUCACGUGACUGCGACGCUUAAAAGUACUGCUUUUGUACGCUUGGCUUUUACGCUGGAAGCCUCGGCGGCGCCGAGCUCGUAACUACUUUUACGUGCACGCUCGAUCGAUUUUCCCCUUUGAAAUUUACUGAAAUGUCAUUAAUGGAAAAAACAGCAACACAAAAUUCUUAAUAGCUUUUUACCGGGUCUCAAUACUGCACAUACGCUCGUAUUGAUUCUUAAUUUCAAGUGUGAACAGCGGAAAUCAAAGCAACAAAUAUGGAUAAGUACAGAUCGAAUUGCGUGUUCAAAACAGUACAAAUGCUUUUCUGAACAUCCGUUCCUUUUCCGGGCCGCUUAUCCUCACAGGGGUCGCAGGAGUGCCGGAGCCCGUCCCGGGUACCUUCGUGCGAGAGGCCGACUAGACCCGCAACUGCGACCGGUCCGUCAAUCCAGUCGAUGUGAUAAAUCAUAUUGUGGUUAUUUCAACAACAGUCAUGGGACAUGGCCCACUGAAUUUCCUCUUGAAAUUUAAUUCAUUUUACUUAUGAAUAUUUGAAUUACUGUCAGCUGUUAGAAAUCAAAAGGUUGCAAGAAAUGUGAAAUAGAAUAAACACAUGAAGUAAUAUAUGUCAAACAUUUAAUGCCAAAUUGUCUUUACCAUGAUGUAUUUAAAAUGAAGUAUUUACCGUUAUUGAUCACUUAUUACACACCCUUAAUCCUAAAUACAGUAAUAGAAUCAAUGUAUCAUAUCAGUGUCAGAUAUUUCCGUAACAAUGCGUGUGAGCGUUGUGGCCUACAGCAGCUGCCGUUCUCAUUUUGUAUUUGUAAAACGGCGUGAAAGUGCAUCGACGAUGGUCGCUACGGCGCCGCCAUUUUCUGCGGGACAAAUUUGUUCCUGUAGCGAGCAAAAAAAAAAAAAAAAAAGGUUCCGUCAAAUGCGGGUGUCAAGCGUACAAAAGCAUUUUGUGGGUGUCACCCCAGUGCCAAACAACAUGCUGGAAAACUUCAGCAGCGCAAAUCCAAAAAGUCAAAACCUUUUGUGUCAUGUUAGUGAUUCAAAUCAAAUUUAAUAUCUUCCCAAAUUGUUCAUGUCCAAAUUGUGCGUACAGUAUUAUGAAGUAUACUUUGUAGGCGUAAACUCUUCCCUGUUUUUGUAUUUGGGGUGGCACGGUGGAUCACCUGGUAAAGCAUUGGCCUCACAGUUCUGAGGACCUGGAUUCGAUCCCGGCCCCUCCUUCAUGGAGUUUGCAUGUUCUCCCCCCGUGUCUGCGUGGGUUUUCUCCGGGUGGGCACUCCGCUUUCCUCCUACAUCCCAAAAACAUUUUGGCUGUUUGUCUCCAUGGAAACCAGUUCAGGGAGUACCCCGCCUCCUGCCCGUUGACAGCCGGGAUAGGCUCCAGCACUCCCCGUGCCCCUUGUGAGGAUAAGCGGCUAUGACAAUAGAUGGAUGCUAUUUGGUGUAAGAGGUUAAGUGGCACCACUGGCCUGAUGUAGUAUUGGUUUCACGUUUUAAAUUGAGCAACUGAGCUCACUGAAGUUUCCGAGCGUCCGCUGGUGUCCACCAGUAAUGUGGGACAGUACAGUAAUGUGCAAUUUUUUUAAAAAUAUGUUUUUUUUUUCCCUCGCGUGUACUCUAUCGCGACGGCGGUCACCAAGCCUCCUCUCGCCGUCGCCGCUCGCACUCUGCGGACUUUAAAACGAAAUGCCCGCACGUGUUUGUUUUGUCUCCAGUGCAUCGCGGUCCCGACGGUCCGGACUUGGGCCUCAUUUGGUCCUUUCGGCGCCGAAGGGACGGCGCGUCCCCCCGUGUCGGUUUACGUCACGUUGUUUGCGUUGAUCGGAAUCAAAACUGUUCAGGUCAACUCUUCCUCUUCUUCUUGUCGUGAACAUGUUUGCCUCAUCUAAUAAUCUCUCAGUGUUGUGACAUAUUUUGAAUUUAAAAGGCAUCACGUUUGUGUCAAAUUUACAGGUUCUGAUCCUGUGGACGGUGGUCCUGACGUUUGUCUUACAUGGAACUGUUCAAAGCGCUAAAUUGUAAAAAGUACAACAUAUGAUAGCGUCAGCCCCCGUUUAUUGUGGGGCAAACGUUCCAGAUCUGCGUUCAUAUCUCAUAUAUUUAAACACAACUAUAAAUAUAUUCCUUUGGUGCAGUAAAAUAUCCCUUUAAGUCAACAAAAAUUUAAAAAGCCUCUUGCUAGCACAGUUCUCCAAAUAAGAAGCAUAGAUUGUACAUUUGAUUCUUCAUAUAUUUUCGUCUGCCGCUAGCCAAAUGCUAGCAUGUAAUGUGAAACACCAUAGACGGGCUAACGUAAAUGAACAGUAAAUGUACGCGGUCAUUGCAACUCCUUGAAGACGUGGCGCAUGUUCAACAAUGCUCACAUUCAAAUAACAUAAGUGCGAAAGUAAUUCAUUAUGGUUUGUGGAAAAUGAGAAAUUUGAUAAGUAAAGCCAUGAUCGGGAUGACUGGGAAGUUACAUGGAAAUUAAAAACAAAAAUGUUUUGUGCCAGAUUAUUGAUAUGGUGAGGCAAUUUCACAUGUUGUCCGGCGAACAGUAUUCUUUGUUCGGUGGGAAUAUCGUAAUGACAUAACUGGAUAUUAGCGUGGUGGGCCCUUCUCUGCAACUUCUUCUCCCUCUUAAAUGUGCUGCCUGUCUUCCGGUAGCGCUCAGUGCUGCCCGGCACGUUGUGGCACAACCCGGUACUGCGCCCUGAAUUCAGACUUGCUUUGUGCGCACUUCAAAGGACGAUGUAUUGCGAGAACGAUGAAAUCGCGAUAUUCGCCGCGUGUACUGCGAUUCAUUUUACCAGUUGCGAAACGACGUCUUUUUUCCCUGCGCUGUCCCGCAAACACCGUUCAACCGAGCCUCUGUUGUCAUUCAAAUACAGAUUAGAAAGUGCAAUAAAUGAUGGUUAUUUAUGAAAAUGUAGAG